UUUCUUUCUCCCUCUCUCUUUCUCCUCCCCCCCCCCUCUCUGUCCCCGGUGGAGCAGCCGCACCUGAACUCCCUUCGCUUCCGCGGCUGCCUGUUUCCUGCGAGAGCCCCGGGAGGCAGGAGGAGGAAGAGGAGCAGCGGCGGCGGCGGCGGAUCAUGGAUAUCGAGAGGCUCCAGGAGGCACUGAAAGAUUUUGAAAAAAGAGGAAAAAAGGAAGUCUGUCCAGUAUUGGAUCAAUUUCUUUGUCACGUUGCCAAGACUGGAGAGACAAUCAUCCCAUUUACUAUUCAGCGACUUUGUGAGCUGCUAACAGAUCCUAGGCGGAAUUACACAGGAAUAGACAAAUUUCUCAGAGGAGUAGAAAAGAAUGUUAUGGUUGUCAGCUGUGUAUAUCCUUCUUCAGAGAAAAAUAAUUCCAACAGUUUAAACAGGAUGAAUGGUGUAAUGUUUCCAGGAAACUCACCAGUUUAUUCAGACAGAUCUAAUAUAAAUGGUCCUGGGACACCCCGGCCUGUAACUCGACCAAAAGUUUCUCUGUCACCUCCUAUGACUACAAAUGGUUUACCAGACAGUUCCGAAAGUAAGGAGCUGGGCCUCCUGCAAACUGAAGAGAAAAUUAACAGUGAAUUGCCAGCAUCUGAGCCUGAAAGAGUCCAAAACUGUCCUGUAAAAAAUAAACACCCUGGGGAAGAUCCAUCAGAAAUGGAAGGCUAUGAAGUAAAAAGACUUAAAUUUGACAAAGAGGAGGAAGCUGAAGAAACCUCCAACCAGACUGGUUCCCAUGAAGCUUGCUCAGCAAUGGUAGAAGAGACUGAGACAACAUCUACAUCUCAGGAUAAAGAAAAAGAAGCCGUUGGAGAGAGACAGCAUUGUAAAGAAGAAGUUGAGGAGGAAGAAGAAUCUCUCAUGAUGUCAAGAGAAGUGUUUCCAGAAAGAAAAGUUAUAGACAAAGACAGUGCCUCCUUAAUUGAGAACGAAGAUGUUUCUGAGGAGAAUAAUCGAAUUGGAGAAUCUGACCAGACUCAAGAAAUGAAAGACUCAUCUUCUCCAAAUAGUGAGAACAGUGGAUCUUUUAGUACCAAAGCUGACAGCAGUGACAAAGAAGAAUUGGGCUCAAAUAUUAGUGAAACUCCUGAAAUUGCAUCAGAGACCCCAGUGGAAAACAGCGAUGAAGCUGCAGAUGAACCUAUGGAACAAGAUUAAUAAUUUUAAUACGCUUAGAGGCAGUAUUUUCCACGAGGCUCUGGUUUUACACUGUAUAAAUAAUUUUAUGUAAUAAAAGUGGACUAUUAGUUUUUGCAAGAGAAGCAGGCUGUAAAUUGAACUUCUCAGUGCGUUAAAUCCUGAAGGACUUGUACUUGUUACUGUGAAAUAUUGGAUCCUUCAGGUCCUGCUUGCCACUGAAAUUUCAGUAUGGUCAAAUCUGGUCUGUGUAUAGUUUUUUAUUAUUUACAAUUAAAAUUUUUAAACUGGAAGGCAGUUCUAAUUCUGACAAUUUUUUGGAGAUUCUACAUUUAAUUACUUCUCUCUCUUUCCUUUAAUUCCCCUGAAUGCUGUAGCAGUUAAUUUUUGGUUUGGUUUUUAACACUUCAAUUUCAUGUUGGUUUACAGAUUUUCAUUUGACUACAUGUUGUGCUUGAAAAAGCUACACAUUGGCAUAUAAUAAAUACUUGAUAAUAUACAAAUCUAAAGAAAAUCUGUGUUUGCACUUUAGAUGCAUUUUCUGUUCCAGACAGAAGCAACCAAGUUCAAGAAAACAUUUUUACCCCUGAAUAAACCAAAUAAAAUUAGGCCCAUCUGAUAGCCUAAAAGAUGCAAUUGUUGUUGAAAGUACCAGGUCAAAUACAUUCCAAGAGUUCUGUUCAAACAAUACUUUUUCUACAUUCUGAGGUGCCUGGAAGAUAGGUUUCCAUUUUACUAUUGAAAAACUCUCUUGAGAACAGAUUUCAAAAUAAUAUCUUCAGCUUUUUUUUGUAGCAGGAAUGUUUGAAAACCUGACAAGAUAGUUUCUGUGAACUGAGGAAAUUUCUGACAUUACAUAAUGGUUUUAUAGUAGGAGAUCAGACUGAUAUGAAAUGCUGCAGCAUUGCAUGUCUUAGUUAUGUAUCAGAACUGAAUGGCUACCAUUUGUACAUUAUUUUGAAAGUGAACUAAAUAUUUUUGAACAUGCCACUUUGACAGCCAGUGUUAACACUUCCUUUCCAAAACCAGCUCAAAGCACAAUUACUGCUUUAAAUAUGUCACACUAUAUUUUUCAGACAUCGAUGUGUAAAAACACUCAAAAUACAACCUCCCAGUCACAUUUACUGGCUGCCAAAUUUAUACCUGUUUCUUCAACUGUACCUUUUUGAUAUUUAGAAUUUUUAAAUUUCUGUAAAGUAGAUUUUUGUAGAUUGUAAAGAGUGCUCACUGCCAUUGUGAAACGGUAUAUAAUUGUAUAAUUUGUGUGUAAACUGGAUGCUUGGGCUUUCAAUACAGUAUUCAUAUAAAGCAAUAAAUAUUAAUGUCAUAAAAUGUUUGAGUACAUUUUAAUCAAAUCAUAAUGGGACUCCCUUUGUUGGCAGAGAAGACACA